AUGGAACAAUCCCCGCCACCCGCAAAGAGCUGGAGCAUCCACACUCGAUCUGAAAUCAUAUCCAAAUACGAAAUCCAAGGACGAGUGGGUUCCGGCGCCUACUCCGACGUGUACAAAGCCAGGCGACUCUCCGACAAUCUCACAGUGGCUCUCAAAGAAAUCCACGACUACCAGUCUGCAUAUAGAGAAAUCGAGGCACUACAGGUCCUCCAGAACUGCCCCAACGUCGUCGUUUUGCACGAGUAUUUUUGGAGAGAAGACGAGGAUGCUGUUCUUGUUUUGGAGUUCUUGAGGACUGAUUUGGACGCUGUUAUUAAGGAAGGGAAAAAGAGGGGUGAUGGUGUUGGCGUUGGAGAAGUUAAGAGAUGGAUGGUUCAGAUUUUAUGUGGGGUUGAUGCGUGUCAUAGGAAUAUGAUCGUGCAUCGUGAUUUGAAACCUACUAAUUUGUUGAUUUCUGAUGAUGGGGUUCUUAAGUUGGCUGAUUUUGGCCAGGCGAGGAUAUUAAUGGAGCCUGGGUUUGUUGCACCUGAUGAGAACACUCAGCAGUACGAACAGAACCCGUUAUUUCAGGAACAUACUGCUCCACCAGCUGAAGUUGUUCCUGAGAUGGACAGCUCAUCUGAAGGACUGCGAAACAAAAGGCAAGGUAUAGUUAGUAGAGAAGAAUCAUUUAGGGAGAUUUGUGAGUACAACAUUCAAGACUCAUUAGAUGACAUUGAUAAGGAAACAAGUAUUCAGGAUGGAGAUACUUCUUGUCUUGCAACUGGCACGGCAAGUGACAUAGGAGAUGAUACGCUAAAGAGUUACUGUUCAUAUGAGGUUGAGGAUGCUGAAAAUGAAAGACGUGGUGCACUCACUUCAUGUGUUGGAACACGGUGGUUCCGGGCUCCUGAACUACUCUAUGGAUCCACAGACUAUGGCCUGGAGGUUGAUCUGUGGUCUUUGGGCUGUAUUUUUGCUGAGCUUUUGACCCUUGCACCCCUUUUCCCAGGCACUUCUGAUAUAGAUCAGAUUAGCAGAAUUAUUAGUGUCUUGGGAAACUUGACUGAGGAAGUGUGGCCUGGCUGUCUAAAACUUUCUGAUUACGGAACAAUUUCUUUUGCCAAGGUGGAAAAUCCCACUGGCAUAGAAGCCUGCCUCCCUAACUGUUCCCCUGAUGAAAUCUCUCUGGUCAAGAAGCUGGUCUGCUAUGACCCAGCAGCCAGGGCAACAGCAAUGGAAUUGCUCCAUGAUGAGUACUUUAGCAAACAGCCUCUUCCGGUUCCCCUCUCUGAUCUUCGGGUUCCUUUAACAAAUAGUGGACAGGAUGAGGAUUCUCCUGGUGGGUGGCAUGGCUACAAUGAUAUGGAAUCCGAUUCUGAUUUUGAUGACUUUGGCCCAAUGAGUGUCCACACCAGCUCUGGUGGUUUCUCCCUACAGUUUUCCUGA